GUCAGAAUGGCAGCAAAAAUACUUCCGGGUAUCAGCAUCUGACGCACACGAAUCAAUUACCUAUUAUUUCGAAUACAAUAUGGCAUUUAAACGUGUCAUAUGGUUGGCUGCUUACAGCAUUGUGGUGUACCUCUAGAAUGUUUCAUGAAGACAGUCUGCCAUGUCAUUAAAGAAUAAAUAUAUUCAGUGCAGAAAAAAACUCAACUAAAAUUACAAAAAUGUAUCUAUAGUAUAUUAUAGGAGUGUCAGCUAAGUAAAGUUAACUGGUAUAUGAGUUAAAAGUCCUCGUACCUUAAAAAAUCAGUUUGUGAGAAUAAGAUGGUGGAAAAUAUGGUAAACGAGACUGUAAGUGCAGACAAAGGAAUGGCAGAGCCGUUUCAUUGCAACACUGGCUACCUGAUGAAUGCAUUGGGGCUUUUCCUGCAGUUCCUUUUGGCUCUGUUGGCAUUCACCUCCUUAAUCUUAAAGAGAUAUUGUGAGCCUAUUUAUGAAAGAAGGCCAUGGAAGAUAUGGUUCUUUGAUACAUCAAAACAAGGGUUUGGUGCUGCAGUCAUCCACUUUGCAAAUGUGUUUCUUGCAGAUGUGUUCAGGGGAGACCCGUGUACAUGGUAUGUUGUUAGUUUUCUUCUAGACUCUACCAUCGGACUGUUUGUGAUAUACCUUGGGCUAAAGAUAACACAGAUCAUUGUCCACAGAAAGAAGAUAGAGACACUGUACUUUGGAGAAUACGGUCAGCCAGCCCAGUGCAGUGCGUGGAUGGGACAGUGUGGCCUCUACAUCCUGGUGAUGGUGGUCGAGAAGAUCCUCAUGACUGGUCUCAUACAGUUCAACUUCUGGGAGGAUGUUCGUAAGCUUAUAAUGUCUCCUGUGAAGAACCCCAAGGUCGAGCUGGUCAUUGUGAUGUUCGUCGUUCCUCUGGUGGUCAACGCUUUUAUAUUCUGGGUUGUUGACAAUUUCCUAAAGAGAAAUACCAAAAACACAAAGACAAUCUAUGUGAAUGGUGAUGACCACUCAGUCCGGUACAACCGUGCAGAAAACUCUGCCCGACUGUACAACCGUAUAGAGCGAAUGGAGGAUGGUGAUUCUGACAUCAUCCUGACAGACGAGGAUGCAGAUCUGAGACAGAGGCGUGGUGAUGGCACAGAUUUACUAAUUAGCUGAUGUUGUGUGCGUGUGUUGCUGAGUAAUCUCAUAUACUUAGAGAUAUAGCGAUGGCACAGAGUUGAGCACCAUUUGAGGAGAAGGUGUUUAUUGCUGUGUAAUCGUAGAUACUAAGAGAUAAAGUGAUGACACAGAGUUGCACAUCAGUUUUUGAUGUUGUAUAUGACUAAGAGACAUAGUGAUAGCAUGGAGUGGCUGAUCAGUUCAUGAUCUGUGUGGAUCUAAUAAAAAUAAUAAUAUAAAUUUAUCCAUAACUAUUUAUUUAUCCAUGACUAUUUAUUGAUUCAUCUGGAUAAACCUGAACCUGCCUAGGACCUAUACAAAGGUCUACUCAUUUGUUUGUGUAUCAUCUGGAUAAACCUGAACCUGCCUAGGACCUAUACAAUGGUCUACUCAUUUAUUUGGGUAUCAUUUUUCAUUUUUAUUUUUUAUAAAAAAAUAUACAACUUGCUUGCUGGAUCUUUCUCAAGUGAGCAAUAACAUGCUUAAUAUUACUACAAGAUGUAGUAUGCCAAAAUCUUGAUACUUUUAAAUACAGUUCUUGUGGUUUGCAUUACAUUCACAACCACAUCCAUUAAUUUUUUAUAUGCAUGUAUUUGAGUUUACUGAAUUUUCAUCAUAUUGCACUUUUAGUCAUCAAAAUGAAAAUUUUCUUCAACAGGCCAACAUUCGUUUAUGUAUAUGUUAUUAUAAAAUGUUGACCUUCAAAGCUUGUAUAUAUUCAACGACUUGUUUUACCAAUCUAAGCUUAAUUCAGGCUUGUGCUUGAUUUGAUGAUUGUACUUGGGAGCCCAUACAGGUACUUACCUGAUAUGGGAAUAAGAACGGUGAAACUAUAAGGCUAAGUGAUAUGUUAUGGUUGUGAUUAAAAGCAUGUGUAAUAUUAUUUAAAUCAGUACUGAGUACAGUAAAUGAGGCUGUGAUCUACAUGUUUUCUUUAUUUAUUUCAAUGAUUGAAGGAUAUAAUUUCAGAAGAGAGAUGUUGCACAUGUAUAUCCUGUGUUAAUAUGUACGUAGGUUCAUGCCAAUAGCCUGUAAUGGUUGGGUGUUAUAACAUUAUUGGGGAUAAGGUGCAUUGAGUUCUUCACUUUUCAUAUAUAAAACUUGACAAGAUACAAUAAUUUAAUAUGUAUUUUUAAUAUAAAGAAUAUCACAUGAUACAUAUAUUUGAAUUCAAGUAAAAGCAGGGAGUUUGUUUGUGCCAUGUUUUGAACAUUAUCAGUGCUUUAAAAAUGUGCAUUCUCUAGUCACUUAAGAAAUGAUGUUGUUGUUCUUUUUGUGAAAUUUGCUAGCCUCAUGACAAUUCUAUAUGCUGCAUUUAAGUUAGGUCACAAAUUGUUAAGUUCACAAUAAUGUAAAUAAUAAUGUAAAUAAUUUAUUUAAAAUAUGUGAGAAAGUAGUAAUGACAGUCUUUUGGCAAUGUUUACAGAAACACCUGUAGAUAUGCCUGUCUUUGCUGGGGCCGUAUUACAAGAUCACCUCAAGAACAUUUUAAAAUGAUUUAACAGAUGAGUAGUUUUUUGUUAUAUUUCUUGAAAAAUAUAAUCCUUUAAAAUGGUGUUUUCAUUUUAGUUUCCAUACUUUGGUAUAACAUACAUUAAGCAUUACAUUUCCUAAAAAUGUUUGAAUAUAAGGGAAACUUGAAAUGCUGUUGUAAUAUGGCCCCAGCUGGUGUGUAAAUGCUAAAUGUACGCAUAUUUUCCUUUCAGUAGCUGUUAGUCGUAUUGUUAUUAUAACUUUAACCAGUCAAAAACGGUAAUCACAGAAACACAGUUUGUCCAUGUAUGUGAAGGGAACCUUACUUUUGUGAUAGUAUAUACAGACAAACAUGUGUUCAUGAAUUGCUUGUUUAAUAGGGACAACAAAACACUAAUGUUUAAAAUACUAACUUAAUAUAGAAAUCUAUGUAAGAAUCUAAGGUUUGUGAUGUCCAAUUGCCAUACAAUGCUUGAAUACUCAGUAUGAACAUGUUGUAGAGAUUUAAUUUUAUUAUUUAAGAUAAGACUUGUUGUUAGGCAAUAUUUUUAUACAUGUACUAUUACAUUUAUGUGUAUUUUGAGAGCCAGCAGAUGGCAGAUGUAACACCUAAUAGUCCUACUUCUAUAUGGAACUAUGCCCGACAUGCACUGAGCUUUCAAUUUGAAGACAUUUCCUUAAAGGCCUAUUACUAAUAAAAGUAAUACUAAUUAGUGAUAAUAUAUAUUUUAUCAAUUUAUCAAUAUGAGAUUAUAUAGAUUGUGUAAACAGGACCUUUGUACCUUUACUCUCCAUGUGUUGCUUCAUCUGAUGGUGCUGAAAAUAGUGUUAAAAUUCGCUGGAGGUGCAUAAUUAUCUACUUUAAUUGUUUGUUGUUCAUUAAAAAAGUAGUUUGAAAACAUAAAAUGUUUUAUUUGUCUCCAUGUGAACACAUUUAUACAUGUUUCCCUUCCUUCCUUGAUGUAAUUUGUAAAGUCAUUCAGUAUUAAAUUUUGUAGAUAGUAUUGCUUUUAUCCGGGGUUAUAACUUAUAAUCAUACAUAUGUUAUAGCCUUCUCGGAAAACAUGUGGUGUUUGUAAAAGUUUUUGAUUCGAAUAAUUGUGGGAUCUAGAACAAUAAGCUACCGUUGCUCGAUACAUUCAAACAUCUGCCUUUGAUGCUUUCAUUAGCUUUAAUUUCUUUCCAAUAGCGCUCUGAAAUUGACAUGCUAUUUUCACUGUUCUAUCAAGUGUCUGAUUUCUUGCCAUUCGCAGUGUUUUGCAGGAAAACAUAAGAGUAUUGUAAUAUAUGUACUCCCUGUAACUGACUAGUAUACUGGACGUGGAAAACAUAAGAGUAUUGUAAUAUAUGUACUCCCUGUAAAUGACUAGUAUACUGGAUGUGGCAAACAUAAAGAGUAUUGUAAUAUAUGUACUCCCUGUAAAUGAGUAGUAUACUGGAUGUGGCAAACAUAAAGAGUAUUGUAAUAUAUGUACUCCCUGUAAAUGACUAGUAUACUGGAUGUGGAAAACAUAAAGAGUAUUGUAAUAUAUGUACUCCCUGUAAAUGAGUAGUAUACUGGAUGUGGCAAACAUAAAGAGUAUUGUAAUAUAUGUACUCCCUGUAAAUGACUAGUAUACUGGACGUGGAAAACAUAAGAGUAUUGUAAUAUAUGUACUCCCUGUAAAUGACUAGUAUACUGGACGUGGAAAACAUAAAGAGUAUUGUAAUAUAUGUACUCCCUGUAAAUGAGUAGUAUACUGGAUGUGGCAAACAUAAAGAGUAUUGUAAUAUAUGUACUCCCUGUAAAUGACUAGUAUACUGGAUGUGAGUAUUGUAAUAUAUGUACUCCCUGUAACUGACCAGUAUACUGGACGUGGAAAACAUAAGAGUAUUGUAAUAUAUGUACUCCCUGUAAAUGACUAGUAUACUGGACGUGGAAAACAUAAAGAGUAUUGUAAUAUAUGUACUCCCUGUAAAUGACUAGUAUACUGGAUGUGAGUAUUGUAAUAUAUGUACUCCCUGUAACUGACCAGUAUACUGGACGUGGAAAACAUAAGAGUAUUGUAAUAUAUGUACUCCCUGUAAAUGACUAGUAUACUGGAUGUGAGUAUUGUAAUAUAUGUACUCCCUGUAACUGACCAGUAUACUGGACGUGGAAAACAUAAGAGUAUUGUAAUAUAUGUACUCCCUGUAAAUGACUAGUAUACUGGACGUGGAAAACAUAAAGAGUAUUGUAAUAUAUGUACUCCCUGUAAAUGACUAGUAUACUGGACGUGGAAAACAUAAAGAGUAUUGUAAUAUAUGUACUCCCUGUAAAUGACUAGUAUACUGGAUGUGGCAAACAUAAAGAGUAUUGUAAUAUAUGUACUCCCUGUAAAUGACUAGUAUACUGGACGUGGAAAACAUAAGAGUAUUGUAAUAUAUGUACUCCCUGUAAAUGACUAGUAUACUGGACGUGGAAAACAUAAGAGUUUAUAAUAUAUGUACUCCCUGUAAUGACUAGUAUACUGGACGUGGAAAACAUAAGAGCUUAUAAUAUAUGUACUUCCUGUAAAUGACUAGUAUACUGGACGUGGAAAACAUAAGAGUUUAUAAUAUAUGUACUCCCUGUAAUGACUAGUAUACUGGACCUGGAAAACAUAAGAGCUUAUAAUAUAUGUACUCCCUGUAACUGACUAGUAUACUGGACGUGGAAAACAUAAAGAGUAUUGUAAUAUAUAAGAGUUUAUAAUAUAUGUACUACCUGUAAAUGACUAGUAUUAAUACUGGACGUGGAAAACAUAAAGAGUAUUGUAAUAUAUAAGAGUUUAUAAUAUAUGUACUACCUGUAAAUGACUAGUAUUAAUACUGGACGUGGAAAACAUAAAGAGUAUUGUAAUAUAUAAGAGUUUAUAAUAUAUGUACUACCUGUAAAUGACUAGUAUUAAUACUGGACGUGGCAAACAUAAAGAGUAUUGUAAUAUAUGUACUCCCUGUAACCGACUAGUAUACUGGACGUGGAAAACAUAAGAGCUUAUAAUAUAUGUACUCCCUGUAACUGACUAGUAUACUGGACGUUAAAACAUAAAGAGUAUUGUAAUAUAUGUACUCCCUGUAAAUGACUAGUAUACUGGAUGUGGAAAACAUAAGAGUAUUGUAAUAUAUGUACUCCCUGUAACCGACUAGUAUACUGGACGUGGUUACAUGCAUGAUUAUACAGAUAGAGCCAAAAUUGUUUGAUUUGAAUAAAAUAUGAAU